CUGAGCGUGCCAGAGUGGUGGAAGGGCAGCGGGGAGCCAGAAAAAAGCCUCCAAAUGCAUUGGCAGGAGUGCCGUCAGCAGUUACCUGCUUGCUGCACACACCCUGAAUGCUGCCACGUGAAGUGAGAGUGUUGGUGCUCUUUUUCUAUCCUUAGGAUAGGUUUACCUACCGAGGAAAAACCCUCCACUAAGAGAGCUGGAGCGACAGGCAGCAGUUAGGGGCAGGGCAGAACACACAGGUAAGCAGCUGGCCAUGCGUGGUCAUGGCAGCUUCUCAGAAACAAAAGCUGGACUUGUGGUUGCUUUGAUUUGUUGUUUCUUUUGUUUGUUUGCUUCUUUUUUGCUCUAAGAGUUGGUGUUGGAAGAUUGGCAUCUAUGCAGCCAUAGCAGCUUUUCUCAUGCAGAAAACUGCUUAAAUCUGGGGGGAAGAAGCCUUAUUUGUGUUCUCAGAUCCAGGUGCUUUUAUAGCUGUUUGUCUUGGAGCACCGGAGCAAGUCACUUCAUAGAAUCAUAGAAUGGCCUGGGUUGAAAAUGAUCACAGUAAUCAUCUAGUUUCAACCCGCCUGCUAUGUGCAGGGUUGCCUACCAGGCAGACCAGGCUGCCCAGAGCCACAUCCAGCCUGGCCUUGAAUGCCUCCAGGGAUGCCUCCCCUGUCUCAGUUUAAAACCAUUCCCCCUUGUCCUGUCACUAUCCACCCUUGUAAACACCUGUUCCCCCUCCUGUUUGCACUUGUAGGCUGCAAAUGCUUGCUGGAGAUAUAUAACCUUGUACUGCUGAGCACUGAAAAAACUCAGACAAGGCCUGCUGGGUGAAUCCCUCACAUUCCUUCUUGCAGUGGUUUGCAGCCAGAAGUGGCUUUACUGAAAAAGGAAGCUGGAAAAUCCAUUCAAAGCAUGCAAGCAUUAGCUUCUCCUAGGUUCUUUUUGAAGGCAGUGACCUCUCACCCUUGAGAACAGCAUUCCUGGACCUGCUGACAGCCUCUGCCACUCAGCCUUACCUAGAACAAUGUCAGGCCAUCACACUCCCUCUGCUGGGGGUCCCUUCUCAGCACUCACACCCAGCAUUUGGCCACAGGAGAUCCUGGCGAAAUACACACAGAAAGAAGAAUCCAUCGAGCAGCCAGAGUUCCGCUAUGAUGAAUUUGGUUUCCGAAUUGACAAGGAAGAUGGUGCUGAGCCAAACUCCAGCAAACUUCUGGGGCUCCCGCUGAUAGAGGAGCCACAGCAGAGGCUCAAGUGGCAGGCUCAUCUGGAAUUCACACACAACCACGACGUGGGUGACCUCACCUGGGACAAAAUUGAGGUCACCCUCCCACAUUCAGACAAACUGCGCUCCCUGGUGCUGGCUGGCAUCCCACACAGCAUGAGGCCGCAGCUGUGGAUGCGUCUGUCUGGGGCCUUGCAGAAGAAGAGAAAUUCAGAGAUGUCAUAUCGUGAUAUUGUGAAAAACUGCUCGAAUGAUGAAACCAUUGCUGCCAAACAGAUUGAGAAAGACCUCCUCCGCACAAUGCCCAGCAAUGCCUGCUUCUCCAACAUGAACAGUAUUGGGGUGCCACGGCUACGCAGGAUACUACGGGGACUUGCCUGGCUCUACCCGGAGAUUGGCUAUUGCCAAGGCACUGGCAUGGUGGCUGCUUCUCUGCUGCUCUUCUUGGAGGAGGAAGAUGCCUUCUGGAUGAUGUGUGCUAUCAUUGAGGAACUGGUUCCCGCCUCCUACUUCAGUACCACCCUGAUGGGGGUGCAGACAGACCAGCGCGUCCUGCGACAGCUCAUUGUACAGUACCUACCCCGUCUGGACAAGCUGCUCCAGGAGCAUGACAUUGAGCUGUCCCUGAUCACCCUGCACUGGUUCCUCACCUCCUUCGCUAGUGUUGUCCACAUCAAGCUGCUGCUGCGCAUUUGGGACCUCUUCUUCUAUGAGGGCUCUCUGGUGCUGUUCCAGCUCACUUUGGGCAUGCUCAGUAUGAAGGAGGAUGAGCUAAUCCAGUCUGAGAACUCUGCCUCAAUCUUCAACACGCUCUCGGACAUCCCAAGUCAGAUAGAAGAUGCAGAUGUGCUGCUGCGGGAAGCCAUGCGUGUGGCUGGCUCGCUGACAGAUGUGGCGGUGGAGACCCAGCGUCGCAAACACUUGGCCUACCUCAUUGCUGACCAGGGGCAGCUGCUCAACUCCAGCACCACUGUCAACAAUUUAUCCAAAAUCGUGCGGCGCAGGACUCAGCGCAGGAAAUCUGGCAUCACCUCUCUGCUUUUUGGAGAUGAGGACUUGGAGGCACUGAAAGCCAAGAACAUCAAGCAGACAGAGCUGGUGGCCGACCUUCGUGAGGCCAUUCUCCAGGUGGCACGGCACUUCCAGUGCGUGGAUCCCAAGAACUGCAGCAUUGAUCUGACUCCAGACUACAGUAUGGAGAGCCACCAGCGGGACCAUGAGAACUACGUGGCCUGUUCCCGCAACCGGCGGCGCCGUGCCAAGGCACUGCUGGACUUCGAGCGUCACGAUGACGACGAGCUGGGCUUCCGCAAGAACGACAUCAUUACGAUCAUUUCCCAAAAGGAUGAGCACUGUUGGGUUGGAGAGCUGAAUGGACUGCGAGGUUGGUUUCCUGCAAAAUUUGUGGAGAUCCUGGAUGAGAGGAGCAAAGAGUACUCCAUUGCUGGAGAUGACUCGGUCACAGAAGGGGUGACAGACUUGGUGCGAGGGACGCUCUGUCCUGCCUUGAAGUCCAUAUUUGAACACGGAUUGAAGAAGCCAUCGCUGCUGGGGGGUGCCUGCCAUCCUUGGCUCUUCAUUGAAGAGGCUGCAAGCAGGGAAGUGGAACGGGACUUUGACUCUGUGUAUUCUCGCCUCGUGCUCUGCAAGACUUACAGGCUGGAUGAAGAUGGCAAAGUCCUCACUCCAGAGGAGCUGCUUUAUCGGGCAGUUCAGGCUGUGAACAUGACGCACGACGCUGCACACGUACAGAUGGAUGUGAAACUUCGUUCCCUCAUCUGCGUUGGGCUCAACGAACAAGUGCUACAUUUGUGGCUGGAGGUGCUGUGUUCAAGCCUGCAGACCGUGGAGAAGUGGUUUCAUCCCUGGUCGUUCCUGCGCAGCCCCGGGUGGGUCCAGAUCAAAUGUGAGCUGAGAGUGCUCUGCAAAUUUGCCUUCAGCCUGUCUCAGGACUGGGAGCUGCCAAUAAAGAGGGAGGAGAAGGAGAAGAAGCCACUGAAGGAAGGCGUGCAGGACAUGCUUGUGAAACACCACCUCUUCAGCUGGGACAUAGAUGGGUGACCUCCACCCCCCCCUGCCCCGGGAACCUUCUCAGUGGCCUGCACUCCUCUCCCCAAGCCCCAUCAUCUCACAUCCCCUUCCUUCCCUACCCUACACUUGUAUCUGUGACAAAAUCCCCCUCGGGGGGCUGCGAGGCUACCCGGGACCGAUGCAGUGUGGCCUUGUGGCACUGCUGCCAGACCCGAGGGAGGUGAUGGUCGAGGCUGAUGCUGCACAGGGACAUGUGUGUUCUGAUCAGAAAAAUGAGUGCCCCUUCCCAGCCUUCCCCACUUCUGCCACCCCCAUUUCCCUGGGGAGAGGGGCUGCAGGCCCAGCCACUGUGUGCCAGUGUUUCCAGUGCUACCGUAGCUGUGGGGCAGAGGCAAUCCUUGUGGGAUGGCUUUGAUCCGUGAAGGGUGGCACUGCAGAUGCAGGUGGAAUAGAGCUGGUGAGGGACUUGAUGCUGUGUGGAGCAGGGAUGGCACGCACCCCACCUCGUGCCAUCCAAGGGCUCACCUCCGAGGGGAGGGGAAGGGCAGAACCUGAAGCACUUGAAUGGGUUCGCCCGACGUGGAGUCAGGGCAGAGAAGGGGGAACUGGUAUCAGCCUCAUCCCACUUCUCUGGCACUGGUGUGUGGGAUGUCGACACGAGGUGCUGGAGAGCACUGCUCUGACAGCCCUAGGGGACGGGCUUUGUCUCCUCUGGGAGCAGACAAAAACCAACACUCCUGUAGAAAGAGUGUUUCAUGCUAUCAUUUUAGUCUCUACGUGAUUUUUACUGUUAACCAAAAAGCUGUAAAUUAACUCCGAGAACGUGUGUAUAUUUUGGCACUGUCGUAGCUCAGGAUGGGGUUCAGGUUGGAGCCGGCUCAGGGAGACCGACUGGUCCUCCUCGCCCUGCAGCGGGGGCAGGGAUGCCAGUCGGGAGUGGAGAAUUGCUGCUUUGUGGUGGUGGCUCUGGAUAUGGAGUCUGUGACUUUCUAGUGAAAGCGCUUGUCAGUGAGCACAAACUACUCAUGAGAUGACACUAGAUUCUUACUUUACUUUAUUCUGUGGGUUUGUAAAUAAACUGCAUCUUGGGAGAGCACUGGA